GCCCGUCCACGUCCCCAGCCAGGCCCAGGCCCGAGGCGCCGCGCCGCGCCGCACCGCGCAGGGAAGACCAGCCGCGAGCUGCACGUCGCGCCGCGCGACCAGCCCCGUCCCCGAGAGCACGCGACGCGCACGCGACGCGCGAGGCGUGACACGCUCUCACACACACGCUCACACACGCACACACACAGACACGCGCGCGCUGUGGGUGCCGCGCUCCCGAGUGUUUCUAGCGUGGUGCUUUUGUGCCGUGAGUGGCUCGGAUUGCGGGGGGCUCACGCCUGGAUGCGGCAGGUCUGCGGGGCCUGCGGGGCCGGUGUGUGACAGCGUCGACCUGCAGUCGAGCGAGCAGACAGCCGAACACUCCGCACAACAGCCAGGUGUGGGCGGCGGAGCGUGGCGGAGCCACGCAGGAUGGCGACCUCGUCGGCGGGGGCGCGGCUGUCCGGACGCCCCUCGCUGCCUCGCCGCCGCCGCAGCCCCCGGGCCGGCCGCCCAGGCCGAGCCGCAGGCCGUGCCGCAGGCCCCGGUAACGCCGGCAGGGACCGCGGGGGCGGCGCGGCGCGCGGGGGCCCCCGGGACGACAUGUGAUGUGGUGCGCCGACCCCUGGCCCGGGCCCGGUCCAGCCUGAGGCUCAGCCAGAGGCUCGGCCAGAGGCUCAGCCUGGCGCUGAGCUGUGCUGAGCUGCGCUGAGCGGGACCGCGCCGGAGCAGAGCCAAGCGCAGCGCACCGAUGGACUUCGGGGCCAGCGCCAGCGCCAGCGGCAAUGCCAGCGGCAACGCCAGCUGGGACGGCGAGGACGCCGUCGGCGACUCAGUGGCCCGGGGCGUGGCGGGGCUGACGCACGAGUACCUCUGCCGCUGGCGGGCCGGGGCCGGGGCGGCCGUGUUGCGCUGCGUGGAGGGUGAGGGCCCGGCCGUCAUGUUCCACUGCACCACCGGCACUCCAUCCUCGCUGGCCUCCGCGGCGAACGAGGUCGUGACCUGCUUCAUGGUCAUGGCCAAGGACGCGGUGGAGGCCGUCAGCUGCUCCUCCAACAUUUCGCCGUCGACGAACUUGUCGACGGGCCUCGCGCGUGGCCUGGCAGACACGGCCCUUCGCUUGACGCUAGACCUCCAGGACAGCCUGGUCGACACCCACGGCGAAGGCCUGGCUGUUCGGCUGCCUGCCUCAGCGGCGUGUGACCAGGACCGUCUGGUCGGGCUUGCGAUGCGCUGCGGCGAGGCCGUGGCCUCCACCGUCUCUGCCAUCGGGGACGUCAACAGCACGAGCGGCUCCCUGUUCCCCGACGAGGCCGUGCGGUGCGUGCUCAGUGCGGUCCUGGGAGACGCCGUGGUGCCUGGGCUAACGGCGCCAACGGCUUUCCGUUACGACUGGAGCUUCCUGUUCGUGCUCGCCUUCAUCCUGGCCGGCGGGGUGGGCAAUAUCCUGGUGUGCCUCGCUGUUAUCCUGGACCGGCGGCUCCAGAACGUCACCAACUACUUCCUGCUGUCGCUGGCCAUCGCCGACCUGCUCGUCAGCCUGUUCGUCAUGCCGCUCGGGGCCAUACCAGGCUUCCUCGGGCGCUGGCCGCUGGGCCUGGUGUGGUGCAACGUGUACGCGACGUGCGACGUGCUGGCCUGCUCGGCGUCCAUCCUGCACAUGUGCUUCAUCUCCCUGGGUCGCUACUUGGGCAUCCGCAACCCCCUCAAGACGCGGCGCGCCUACUCCACCAAGCGCCUCGUCGGCUUCAAGAUCGCCCUCGUCUGGGUGCUCGCCAUGCUCGUCUCGAGCUCCAUCACCGUGCUGGGCACCGUCAACCCGCACAACAUCAUGCCCAAGGACGACGAGUGCGUGAUCAACAACCGCGCCUUCUUCGUGUUCGGCUCGCUCGUGGCCUUCUACAUCCCCAUGGUCAUCAUGGUGGUCACGUACGUGCUGACGGUGCAGCUGCUGCGCAAGAAGGCGCGCUUCGCCGUCGAGCACCCCGAGUCGGACCAGUGGGGCCGGCUGGGCGGGCGCUUCGCGGCCGUCAAGCGGCGCCCGCACAGAGCAAAGUCGAAAAGACACUUUUUUCGAUUCCCAUUGACAAACGCCUGCAGCGCGUCGGGUAGGCCCGCCCGCCAAGUGCCUGUGUGAAGAUGGUGGCCUACCCUCAGCGCCUGAACGGCGAUACCCCGUGCUCUCGCCAACGCCAACAAGUGGACGCACAUACGCACAUACCCCACACCUCACACCUCACAUACCCCGCACCCCGCAACGAGACUACAGCGUGUAACACUGUUGUUCGCGGAAAGAGUUCGUUGGGCUUCUGGUUGUCAGUGACUUCACGGAGGUUGUUGGUAUUUGGCAGUCAAAGAUGUUCUAUCCAGAGAACAAGGUUACAGAUGUCAUUAAAUCGGCAGCAGGAACUGAACUAUGGACACUUUUGCAAAAACCACCCUGCAACCUGUGAAGUAGUUACCGUCCACCCUCUUAUGGUCACGCUUAGAAGCUCUGAGUUCUCUCUUUCUCUCCGUUCACAGGUGGCACCAAAUUUUUUUGGAGGAUAUUAAGUUAACUCUUUAAAAUGCUUUGGUGGAAGACUGUCCAAUAGUUGCAUAUCUAUGCUUGACAUCAGCUAAGCAGCCGUUAUCUGUCACUCGAUGCAUGCUGAGUUGGCGUUACAGCACACAGCAUGAGAGAUGGUCCCUUUUUCUCAUGAUCACAGAAAUAGAUCUGGUAUUUAGAUUCACUCCAAUUCUCCAGCAGAAACAAGCCAGCUACUUGAGGAAGACUUACUCUUAUAAUGUAAAUUAUUU